CUGUCGCUCCAAAACUUGCCCCGUCGACAAGCUCGCUUGGCAAAUACUGUAGCCAGUAGGCGCGUUCUUGUAAAUAAUUGUUAUAGCAGCUGCUCUGUGCACAGCCGCGACAGCUGGUCCGCGCUCGACUCGCACAGCUUUGAGCUCCACGCGUCAGCCUCUUUCCACCCAAAGGACACCAUGGCUGAUAUGGAGGUGGACGACCACGACGUGGCACACGACCAAGAGCGCAAGCGCCGAGCAGUGGAAAAGCUUAAUCGGGGUAUCGUGUACGUUAACAUUGCUCAGCCAGCAGCACGCCCGGAGCUUACGGUGGCUCAGGCGACUAAAAUUAUCACUGAAGCAACCGACGCCCUGCAAGGCAACAAGAAAAUCAACGCGCAAAAUGCCUUUGACAUCGAGACGGCUGACGCGCUAGUGACGCUGGUGUUCAGGGACAAGGAUCACCGCGAUGAGGACUACUUUGUCCGCAACGGCCAGGGCCUGGACACGGCCAUGCGGGUGUGGGGCUACCGCAUCGACAACGUCUACAACCAGGCCUAUCAGGUUCUGGGGAGCAAGAAGAGCUCCAAGGCGGAUGAAGACGACGACGACGCCGACGGCGGCGACCAGCAGGGCCGGACCAAGGCCGACGGCGAGGAGGGGGAGGAGGCGGCCGAGGGCGGCGAGGAGGGGGAGGGCAAGCGUGCCAAGAAGAGGGGAUCCACCAGCACGGACCCGGCCAGCACGCUCGUGUCCCAGAACGACCUGCGCACACGCGUCAAGGAGGCUACGUUUGACGCGGAUCCGGUCUUCAUCAACACCUCGCGCAUGAUUGAUGAGAACAGCCCGCAGGGCCUGCUGCUGCACAACCUCCCCGCCCUCAAGAACUUCAACAUCGUAUUUGACGCCUCCGCCAAACCCACCGAGCUGCUGGCGUGGAAGGCCGAGGACGGCGCCGCGGUGACAGGCACGGUGGACCUGUCGGGGCUGGCGGCGGCACUGGCGGGGUUGGCGACGGCGGCGCAGCGGCUUCUGCACCCCGGCCUCGACAAGCUUUAUGCGCUGCUGCAGCCGCAGGCAAACCUGCCCGGUGCGGCGGCGGCAGCGGCCGUGGACCCGAUCGCCAUGCUGGCGCGCGCGAAAGCGGAGAAUGUGCGUGCCACUGUGCGCGGACACCGCAACGCGGCGGCGGCGGAUCUGCUGCAACAAGUGGAGGACGCCAUGGACAUGGAUGUUGACAUGGACGCAGGCGGCGGCGGCGGCGGCGGCGUCGAUGACGAUGACGCGAUGAUGGAUGCAAUGGAGGAGAUGGAGGACGCCGGCGAGGAGCGCGGGUUCGAUGAGGGCGAGCCCCGGCGACAGUCGCAGUCGCAGCAGCCCUCGCAGUCACAGCGGUCAGCGGCUUGGGGCGACGCCACUGGUGGAGACGACGUCAGUGGCGGCGGCGGUGACAGCGGCGGCGCAUACGGAGACGACGGGUACGAGUCGCCGGGAUACGGCGGGGCCGCGGACGGCGGCGGCGAUGACGGCGGCGAUGACUUCGUGUCUGCGCUUGAGACCCAGGACGGGCAGGGCGGCGGCGGCUCGGACGACGAGAGCGUGCUGCUCAGCCUGCUCAGCGGCCGAGCCGGCGGCAGCCAGGGCGGGGCGGGCACCGCCAGUGCCGCGGGCGGCGCCGCCUCCUCGCAGCGGUCGUCCUGGUGGAGGCCCAGUGCGGCGCGCAAGACGGCGACGGGCGCCAAUUCGGCGGGCCGGCGACCGCGCGUGCAGAAGGAGAAGCCGGAGGAGGUGCCCAUCGACUUCGCGGUGUGGGCUGACCCGGCGGAGGAGGUGGAGGUGACGCAGGUGGAGCUGAGGGACUUCAGCUACAAGACCAAGCGCAGGGCACGGCCACUGCCGCAGCGCGCCGCGCCGGCGCAGCCGGAGCUGCUACAGCAGCUCACAUCGACUGUUGUCUACCUCGACCAGCUUGCCUUCCCCAGAGCCGGGGCUGGGGCUGCCGCCACCUGCGCGGACGCCUGGGCGGCGGUGCUGCUUGCUGCCAAGCAGCGCGGCAAGGAGCGUGAGCAGCAGCGCCGCGCCCAGCAGCAGCAGCAGCAGCUACAGGCGGGAGGCGGCGGACCCGCUCAGAGCUUUGCUGGCGGCGAGGGUGGCGGCGCAGGCUUCGAGGGCGCUGGAGCUGAUGACUACGGCAGCGGCGGCAACGGCGCCGGAUACGACGAUUUCGACCACGGCGGGGACAGCGGCGGUGGCUACGGCGGUGAUGACGACGACGACGGCGGAGGCGCUGGUGGUGGUGGUGGCUUUGGCUUCGAGCCGUUGGGUGGCGGCGCCGGUGGCGGCGCGGGGCAGCCGACCUGGGAGCAGCUGCUGGAGCCACCGCGGCGGGUGCAGCGGCUGGCGGUGAAGUUCGACAAGUCGGCGGGUGUGGCGGACGUGGCUAGCCUAAAGCGCAACCUGGAGCACUCACUCAAGCACCUGGCCGUCUCUGGAGCCAUGAAGCAGCAGCCGCGCGCGGCGGCGGCGUCCCCUGGCGGCAUGCUCUCUUUCCAGGAGGUCUUGGACCAGGUCGGCGCCUUGGUCACGUCAGCAGCAGCGGCGGUUCCCGCCGGCACCACGCCCGGGAAACAGCAGCAGCAGCGCGCAGCCGGCUCAUCACUGGCGGGCGUGAGCACACACCUUGCCUUCAUCUGCCUGCUGCACCUGGCGAAUGAGAAGAGCCUGGCGCUGGGCAACGGGGGCAACAUGGACGCCCUGCACAUCACCUCGCUUGGGGAGCUGGCCGCCGGCAGCAGCGGGGUGUAGCGGCGUGGUGCCUGAGGCGUGCGGUGCGGCGCGGUGUGGUGCGGUGCGGCGCAGGGGCAGGCGCAGGGGCUGGGAUGGGAGCAGGAGCUAGGGUGGGAGAAACGGAGGACGCAGGACAGAGGUGCUUCGUGUGGAGCGCUGCAGGGCUGCGAGGUUUGGCGCAGUGGGCGGCGUAGUGGGGCGCGGCGUGCGGCGGGGAGGGCGCAGAGCCGCCCGGCCUGCUGCCUGGGCGAUGUGGCGUGCCCCAUUGCUGGCGGUGUGUAUAUGUCCUUACAGCCAUGUCAGGUGCCACGAUGCAGCUUGCUGAUGCUGGCGCUGGUGCUCGUGCUGGACUGCUGGUGAUUGCUAAUGUCGUUCCGGGGCAGGGCAGGGUUCGCUGUGUCAGCUGUAUGUGCACUGCUCGCUCUGUUCCUGACCAGCGCAGCCGCUGACGCUGUUCGGGUGGGCGUGUAGGUCGUGAUGCCGGCGUUGCACGAGAUGACGGGGAGUACGAUGGGCCCUUUGAUUA